CAAUAGUUUUUAUUUAUUUGUUGAUCAUUUAUUGUGACCACAAUGCCAGUGCCCAAAUGAUAAUACCUGAGCGCAGUGAUGACCAAAUUGAUGACAGCAUACGUGUUACAAAAGAGCCGCAAUUGUUGGGCAUUUUUGCCGACGGUGUCAAUGAUGAAAAUGAUAGUGACAAUCAAACAAAUGUUUUGAAAACAAAUAAUUUUAUUAAUUCUAGUAAAUUGAUUGAUCAUAACAGUGAAGAUAUCGAACGUAUAUCAAUUGACAGCACCGAUAGCAGCGGUAAUAGCAAUAUUGAAGAAACAACAGUAUUACCGCUAAAUGUCACUCAAGUGUCGGCACAAAGUGGUCAAAUAUGUGGCACAUUUGAUGGCCAAUUCAAAUGUCUUAGUGCUGGUCAGGUGCCACUGGGUUACACCAAUUUCUUGCACUUUAGCGCUACUAAUGGAUUUUUUGAUACCAUCCCUGCCCCCGGCGAGACAAUCGACCCGAAAAGCUAUGUAGCAAUGAAAGUUGAAAUUAGUAGCUCACCGGGCGGUGAAGUAUUCAUCAUAGAUAUGAUAUCAGGCCGUCAUCUACUCUACUACAACAAUAAGGCCACUGUCUAUAUGAGCAACCAUUUUGAUAAAAACUAUGAAGAGUUUGUCUCCGAUUCCAACUAUAUUAAUAUUCAGAUUAAUGAACCGUUAGACGAUGAGUUAGUAUUGCCUUUUAAAAGGGAUGAUCUAAUCAAGCCCGAAGAGGUCAAGUAUUACGGUAGCCGUACCUAUACUGGUAAAAAUGGUAAAUUUUUGAUGACCAUCCAGUACUAUGAGAUGCAGUUUGCUGUCAAUGAACAACAACUGAUUUACAACGAUCCCAAUCAUCCGGAUGGUCCCAAAAUGCACCAGGAGGCAGUCUACGUGGCCAAUUCGGUGGUAACCUAUAUCAUGAAACCGCCGCCGCCCGACCAGAGCAACAACAUAUCGGUGGGCCUACAGGUCGAUCUCGAGCAUCUGGACAUUGACGUUGCUGUUGGCGAUUAUUUGUUAGUAGGACCGGGCGAUAAGCCCACGUAUCGGGAACUGUCCAAAGCACAGAUAAUUUCGGAAAAUAUACUCAAACAAGAACAAGAAAAAACUCUAUAUUUUUAUUCCGAUUCCGCUUAUAUUAGAUUAGUAACACAUAAUUCGUUGAAAAAGGGUACGGCCUUGAAGUUCACAUGGCGUCCGCCCAACGAUACGGUACAGGACUUGCCCGAAGAAAAAGUACCGAAACGUAUACGCGAUGCGGCCAUACAGCUGUGCAUAUUGGACAUCAAGUGCGGCCAAUUCAAUGUCAGCUAUAGCGAUGGUUUUGUCAGCGAACUGGUACACAAAGCUAACCAGUAUUUGUUUGGCGAACACGCGGCCGAUAACGACGCCAAAAAUAUGGUGUCCAAGAGAUCAGUUCGCAUAUUCAAUGAGGAGGACAGCGGUCGCGUAAGGAACGGCCGAAAUGAUAUAUCGUGUCAAAUGGAAAUGGCUAUAACCAACCCGUGGGACUGGAACUGGCCAAUGGUCAAACACAGUAUGCUAUACGAUAUGUUCUUUCACGACGGUAACCGUUGGACAACCAGCAGUUUGAGAGACUUGAAAACAAAUCAGCCAAUUGUUGUGACCGACUGUUCCCAACAGUCUCUGUCAUUUUGGCGAAUCAUUUUACCCAUUAUUAUCAUUAUUAUCGUUUCGGUUGUCAUAAUGUUGGUCGCCUGGAGAUAUCAGUACCAUAACUGGGCCAAAGUCCAGAAUCAACCAUAUAUGAACGCACCGAUAGCCGAACCGGUUGAUGAAAAUAUAUUGUACGCCAAGGGAGCAGCCGGUGCUGGCGGUCCUAAAGAUAAUCCUUUAUUUAUGAACUCACCCCCAAAUAAUCGGAAAACACAUACCGAUGUGACAAUUAAAAGCAUUGAUUCGGUCGAUAGUGACGACAUUGAUCAUCAACGACGUCAACAACAGAGCACAUCCCGUGAGAGGAGUAAUACACAGCAGACGUCCGAUAUGUCGGGAAUGUCGAGUAUAUCGUCAAAGAAGUUGGCGUCGGUUAAAGAGUCGCCCGAAUUUGUUCGCAAAUUAUUUCGACAACAAAACGAAUACGUGUUGGAGGGCUCCGGUAUGAAACCGGGUAGUAGUGUUGUCGUCGACUACGAUGAUACUGAUGACAGUUCACCUCCCAAUCGGCCCAUAGAUAUUCGUUCAAAAACGUUUAGCUCAGCUAAAGCUCUUACCUAUGAUGACAACCCAACCGUUUCAUUCGCUGGACUUAAUGGCACUCAACACGAAAGUCUUCGUUCAUAUCCGCGUUCAGCACUCCGUCAGCGAACCAUUGAAAAUGAGAAGCUCUUAGAACAGAAUCAGACCAACCCUUUCCGUAAUUCAACGAAAGUCCAGUUUGAUGUCCCACUACCACAACAACAACAACAACAACAACAACAAUACCAGUCCUAUAAUAAUAACGACCACUCUUUACCAUAAAAUUAUUAAAAAAAACUAUUU